ACACUUGUCAGCCUUGUCAGGUCUUAGAGGUCCAAGAGGAGAGGAUCGCUCAGUGAUGCAGGACAAACGAGACAAUGUUCUGGGGCUGCAAUCACAGACACAAUGCCUGCGAUGUGGGAACGUACUGGACUGGUCAGAGGAGCACCGCGUCUUCCAGGGCUGUUCAUGCUGCUCCACAGUGGAUGAAACCAAAGAGAACGUAACCACAGACUCGUCCAAGAGAAUCAAGUCAAAGGAGAGUCAGUGGCUAACUGGAAGAGUGGGUGACAUUGAAUUCAUUGGUGCCACCAAAACCAAAGGAAAGUUUUUAAGGGUGCAGAGCAACACUGACCCAGCACACAUCUUCCAGACGCUAACAGAGGAGUGGGGUCUUGCUGCUCCACACCUAGUAGUUGCACUAGUGGGAGGAGAUGAAUUGGCUCAGAUGAAGCCUUGGCUUCGGGACACUCUCAGAAAAGGUCUUGUGAAAGCGGCACAGAGCACAGGGGCGUGGAUUUUGACUAAUGGUCUUCGAUUUGGCAUCACCAAGCACCUGGGCCAGGCUGUACGAGAUCACUCUUUGGCUAGCACGUCUGCAAAAGUUCGUGUAGUGGCCAUUGGCAUCGCACCAUGGAACAUGAUCCACAACAGAGAGGCUUUACUCAGUGACAAGUUGUGUGAGCCAGCAGUGUACAAGCCACAGGACUUACCCCAUGGGUCGGUUUAUUCCCUGGACAACAACCACUCUCACUUUGUACUGGUGGAGGAGGAUCCAAGCAGGCCUGGAGCUACCAGCGAAAUGAGAGUGAAGCUGCUCAAACACAUCUCUCUUCAGCGCACAGGCUAUGGAGGUACCGGAAGUUUUGAGAUCCCUGUCCUAUGUCUGCUGGUCCAUGGAGAACCUCGGAUCCUGAAGCGUAUGUGUAAAGGCAUUGGCAAUUCAACGCCGUGGCUGAUUUUAGCAGGCUCAGGAGGUGUGGCUGACAUCCUUGUCACACUCAUCAACAAGGGCUGCUGGGAUACAGACAGUGUUCACGGGCUGCUGCUGGACACCUUUCCGAAUGCCUACCACAGCACGGACAUCAGAAACUGGGUCAAGCUGAUCCAAAAGAUACUGGACCAUGGGCAUCUCCUCACUGUCCAUGACCCUGAACAAGAAAGCUCUGAAUUGGACACAGUCAUCCUCAAAGCUCUUGUCAAAGCUUGUAAGAGCCAAAGUCAGGAAGCCCAAGACUUUCUUGACGAAUUGAAGCUGGCUGUAGCCUGGAACCGUGUGGACAUUGCCAAGAGUGACAUCUUCAAUGGGGAUGUUGAGUGGAAGGCAUGCAACCUCCAAGAAGUGAUGAUGGAUGCACUGAUCAAUGACAAACCGGACUUUGUACGUCUUUUUGUCGACAACGGUGUUAACCUGGGAGAGUUCCUCACCUACGGACGUCUACAAGAGCUUUACUGGUCGGUGUCGGAGAAGAGUCUCCUCCAUAACUUGCUCCUUAAAAAAUAUGAGGAGAAACAACGUCUGCUUGGCACUGCAAGGACACCAGGGCCUCCUGGGCACUACCCUACUGAGCAAGGGGAGCGAAAACCACGUUUCACACUUUAUGAGGUCGCCAAAGUGCUCAAGGACUUUCUCCAUGACUCCUGCAAAGGUUUUUACCAAAAGAUUUCCACAGAAAAGCAAGCAAAGGGUCGACUGUUCCACAGCCAGAAGAAUCUGGCUGAACUGGAAGAGCGAUGCCAACAUCCUUGGAGAGAUCUUUUCCUCUGGGCCGUCCUUCAGAACCGACAGCAGAUGGCUAACUACUUUUGGGCCAUGGGCCCAGAGGCGGUGGCAGCGGCGCUGGCGGGGUGUAAAAUUCUAAAGGAGAUGGCACGACUUGAAUCUGAGGCCGAGUCUGCACGUAGCAUGAAGGAGGCCAAGUAUGAGCAGUUUGCCCUUGAUGUCUUUGGAGAGUGCUACUCCAACAGUGAGGACAGGGCGUAUGCAUUAUUAGUAAGGAGAACGCAGUGCUGGAGCAAAUCUACAGUCCUCAACCUGGCAACUGAAGCUGAUGCCAAGUCCUUUUUUGCACAUGAUGGAGUGCAGGCUCUCCUCACAAAGAUUUGGUGGGGAGCUAUGACAACAGACACAGCCAUCUCCAAACUUGUCGUGUCUUUCUUCUGUCCACCUUUAAUCUGGACUCAUCUUAUAAAGUUCUGUGAUGAGGAGCUAGAUCAUCGUAACAAUGAAGAACAGUUUAUGGAGGUGGACAGUUUGGACACGGAGAAGGUUCUACUGUUAACAGAUGAAGAUGACCCUCUGGACUCUCCACCAGGAGGCCCGGCAGAUCAGAGCUGUGCAGCAGUGUGGUGGCGUUUCUUACUUCGCCGCUGGCGUCGUUUCUGGAGUGCUCCUGUCACCGUGUUCCUCGGUAAUGUCAUCAUGUACUUCGCCUUUUUGUUCCUCUUCACCUACGUGCUCCUGCUGGACUUUCGCCCACCACCUCCUCUCGGCCCUGGAGCCCCAGAGAUAAUGCUCUACUUCUGGGUUUUCACCUUGGUGCUGGAAGAACUUCGACAGAGCUUCUUCUCAGAUGAAGAGAUGAACAUCUUGAAGAAGUUCAAGCUCUACGUGGAGGACAACUGGAACAAGUGUGACAUGGUUGCGAUCUCACUCUUUGUCGUUGGUGUUUCCUGCAGAAUGAUUGAGGGAACCUACGAGGCAGGAAGGACAGUUCUGGCUAUAGACUUCAUGGUGUUCACACUGCGGCUGAUACACAUCUUUGCCAUUCAUAAGCAACUUGGGCCAAAGAUCAUCAUCGUGGAGAGAAUGAUGAAGGAUGUCUUCUUUUUCCUCUUUUUCCUGAGUGUGUGGCUUAUCGCAUAUGGGGUGGCCACACAGGCGCUUCUGCAUCCAAAUGACCCGCGGAUUGACUGGGUGUUUCGCAGAGCCUUGUAUCGACCCUACCUGCACAUUUUUGGCCAGAUUCCCCUGGAGGAAAUAGACGCUGCACGGAUGCCUGAAAUGAACUGCACCAAUGACUCAGAGGAGAUUAUCAUGGGCCGACAGCCACCAUGUCCUAAUGUUUAUGCCAACUGGCUGGUGAUCCUGCUUCUGGUCAUCUUCCUUCUCGUCACCAAUGUCCUGCUGCUCAACCUGCUCAUUGCCAUGUUUAGCUACACAUUCCAAGUUGUACAAGGCAACACUGAUAUUUUCUGGAAGUUCCAGAGAUAUAACCUGAUUGUGGAGUACCACAGUCGUCCAGCACUGGCUCCACCAUUCAUUAUCAUCAGCCACCUCUCUCAGCUCCUCCUCAGCCUUGUUAAGCAACCCGAGUCCAAGCAGGAGCAUCUUGAACGGGAGCUGCCGGCUGGAUUGGACCAGCGGCUGAUAACAUGGGAGACCGUACAGAAAGAAAACUACCUGGCAAAGCUUGAGCGCCAACAUUGGGACAGCAGCGAGGAGCGACUCAAGAGCACAUCCUCAAAGGUUCAAAGCUUGCUGAGGAUCAUCGGUGGGGUGAAGGACCAGGAGAAACGACUGGCAUCCAUGGAGGCUCAAGUCAGAUACUGCGGUGAGGUGUUGUCCUGGAUGGCAGAAUGCUUUGCUCUCAGCACACUGAAAUGUGGGAAAGAGGCUCCAACUGCUCCAAGCUGGAAGGCAAGCAAUGAUGCCCAUCAAAAUCCACCCAAGAAAAAAGACAAAUAAGCAAAUGUUGUUACACUGACCAUUAGUACAUAGCUGUCAUUUUAAAAUAAGGGAAAAUAGUUAAACGGGAGGGCGACAGCAAAGAGGAGCAAAAACUGAAUUAGUAUGCAUGGUAUGAAUUAGCAAGGAGGGAAAAUUCUGAUUGAUCAUACUAUUUUUAGACAUUCUUAAGAAUAAUACAGGCAAUUGAAAAUGAUGUUUGUUUUGAAGUUUUUCAGUUUUUUUCAGUACAGAAGAUUUGAGAUUGUAACAUUUUAUGUCAUAGAUGACAACGCUAGUUUUGUGGGGGAAAAAAUUAAUAAAUUGUAUAAAAACUUUGAUGCCAGCUUGGUUUUGUUAGGAAAAAGACUAAAUAUGCCAAAUAUUUAACUCCAGCCUAUGUACUCUGAUCAUAUUUUAAAUGAGAAUAAUACAUGGACGUAACUUGUUUUGGUUUAGCCUAGUCGGAAGCUUUGCAUGCCACACUGAUCAGUCAUCUUUAUUUAAUUUCAGCAGUUACAAGAGCAACUUUUCACAUUUCAAUGAUCAGUCUUUUUGAACCUUUCAUUGUAAAAAACAAAAAAAA